GAUGGUACUGGAGGUUGCACAAAACACUACGGAGGACAUACAUUUGCUUAACAUUUAAGUGUUCUGCCUCAGCUAAACUUUUCAUAUGCAAAACAUACAUUUUACUUUAGGCAGCACACCUAAGUGCGUAUGUACCUUCGUGGUCACCACUUCUUCAAGGUUACGAACAAGUAAACUCACUUGCCAUGGCGGAACAUGGGGCACAUUUAACCUCAGCAUCAUCCGAUGACAGGCCUUCGAUAUUUGAAGUUCUGGCGCAGGAUUCUUUGAUGGGCGCUGUCAAGCCUGCCUUGCAACAUGCAAUCAAGAUCCUUGCAGAGUCCAACCCCUCUCGGUAUGGAGUGCUGUGGAGGAGGUUUGACGAGAUCUACGCUCUCCUGGAUUUGUUAUUGCAACACCAUUUCCUGUCUCGUUCAAGUGCCUCCUUCUCCGAGAACUUCUACGGUCUGAAGCGGGUGGCGGGCUCGGAUCUUGCCCGGCCUGCUCAUCUUGGCCUGAGGCGGAAGCAGCACCUGCGGUCUCUCCUCCUCCUGGCCCUCCUCCCAUACCUGCGAGCCAAACUGGAGAAGGUGCUGGCUCGCCAGCGGGACGAGGAUGACUUCUCCAUACGCCUGCCCCAGUCCCUGGCACAGAAGAUGUACAGGGCCUUCCUGGUGGCCUACCCGUUUGUCAGCAUGGCCUGGGAAGGCUGGGUCUUCUGCCAGCAGUUGCUGUACGUGUUUGGGCACACACGCACACAUUCCCCUUUGCUGUGGCUGGCAGGGGUCAAGCUGGCACACCUCACAGCACACGACAUCCAAAGUCUGGAUCUCAAACCCAGCAGCCCCAUCGGCACAAGUCCAAGCAUUGGAGUGAAACUGCAGCGGGUUUUCUCAUCCGCCAUGGGUGGUGUGGCAAUGUCCCUGUCCACCAGUCUGUCCUUGGGUGUGUUCUUCCUGCAGUUCCUGGAGUGGUGGUACUCUUCGGAGAACCAGAACAGCGUUAAAUCCCUCACCACCCUGCCCACCCCGCCUCCCCCAGUGCACCUGGAUGACCAGGUGGCCGCGGGCGUUCACAGCAAACUGUGCCCCCUCUGCCGAAAAGUGCGUGCCAACGACACUGCUCUCUCCACUUCAGGAUUUGUGUUUUGCUAUCGAUGCAUAUACACGUACGUCAAGACCAACCAGAGGUGUCCAAUGACUGGUUAUCCAUCUGGAGUACAGCAUCUCAUCAAGAUUUACUCACCUGAGGGCUAAACCCACGUUCACCAUUGCCUUCCUCUGGAUAAUAUGAUUGUAAUUAUAGAUUAUGUGAAGGUUAUUAUGUGAGAUCGUUCACAUAAGAAUCAGAAUAAUGUACUGUAAUUGGAUUGAUGAUCAUGGUUCAUCUGUGUUUAGCUCAGAGUGUUUUUAAAGCUGCUCCGAUGGAGAUUAGGUUAGCUUUUUCUAAGCUCUACCAUCACCAGUAUUCACUGUAAUAGGUUCACAUUUUACUAAUUAAUGGUUCAUUUUCUACUCAUUUGUACUACAUCGCUGAAAAUGUUAAGUUGUUGUUAAAUUCCCAGGAUAAUGCUGCUGUACAGUAAUUGAGUAAUUCUGUUAAUAUGUAAAUAAUGUGUAAUAAAACAUUUUUAUCUUGUA